AUGGCAACUUCACAGCAACUUGUCCCUGAGGUCCAUCUGGUGCAUAGGAACUUCAAGGGACAAGAAUGGACUUCCCACCAACUCCAUCUCAAAGAUCGUCAAACACAGGACAUUGCUCUUGAAGCACUUAGAGAUGACCCUGCCCUCCAUCCUAGCUUCAAUGAAGGCACAGAUGACUUUGAUUUUGACAAUGUUUGGAAUGGCACUGAACCGCUCCCCAUCAGUCACACAGGGGGCAAGUUCAAUGACCUCACAAGAGAUAUUCUGGGCGAUACCUGGAAAAUUGAGUGGGCAAUGACUAUCAUAGAUGUUUAUUUUGCUGAGAAAGUGAUACUUAAAAUAUCUCCAACAGACAAUACUGUUGCUUCUGCACUAGUCUGUCAAGGUGUUCUACCUUGCUCUCCAAUAUCACCAGUGGUGGGUAUAACUACUGAAGCCCUUGAACUAUAUCAUUUGGCACACCUAAGGAGCCCUCAUCUUUUGGUUCAAGCAUUUGUGAAAAUGAUGUCUGAUUUACAUGGGGUAGCAAAAGCACUCCAAUGGGACUCGCCUGAUUGGCGUGUCAAACACACAUGUCUGGCAUGCUCAUAUACACUAGCUAAUGAGGAGCUAUUGACCUUCAAGAUGUUGUAUGCUAUGGAUGGCAACAAUUCCUUGAAACGAAUACACACCAGCGACCACUACCUUUCUUGCACUUUCAUAGACCAGUUUACACAGGACUUGCCACCUGCAACAGGUGAUGAGAGUACACCAGCAGAUAACUUAUGUGAAGGCCAUUGGAAAAACAUGGAUGAUGUGAAGACAAAGAGGGCCUGGGGUAUAUAUGAUGAAACAGGUGUCUUUGUGGCUGUCUGCUGUCAUGGGUUUUGUCUCCUCAUUGCAGACAUGGUGCAGAGUGGAGAACUUGCAAAGUAUCCAUUGGCUGUUGUGGCCAGGCUAUUGGACAUGUUUGGUGAUGGCUUAGGUGGUGGGUAUGAUAUUGGGUGUCAAUUCAAGGUUACCCUUGAUAAUAGUUCUCUUGGUCCACUUGUGUGCUCACUACAUCACACUUGCUUGGUCAGAGCAUUCCACAGACAUGCACACAGACAUUUGUGCCAGCUCUAUUCCCUCACAACCUAUAUCAAAGGCCUUGGAAUCGAGGACCUUGAAACAUGCAAACACACAUUUUCAAAAUCAAAUUCCCUUGCUUUGUCUCUACAUUAUGCCAGCAUCUUCCAUUGGCAACAAGCCAUUGACUCGUACUUCGAACACAACAAUGACUUCAAGGUAUAUGCCAAUCUAUCUAAUUUUCUUCACAACAACUACAAACAAGCCCUGGACAUAUUAGCAAAUGGCAAUGCAGUGCUACCAAACAUGAUGCAAGAUCUUGGAGUCACAGAUGAUGGAGUGUUUGAACAUUGGCUGGACAAAGAAAAGGCCUAUCCAAAAGGUUUGAUGCAAGAGCCCAAAGAAGAGACUUUGCAAAUAGAAUACUGGCAAAGGUUGGUCAACUUGAAGGCGAGCAGUAUGCAUUGUCAUGUUGUUGAGGGCUAUGAGAGGAACUUGAAGCUCAUACAAGUACUAGAAUGUAAACUGGAGGUUAUCACAUGCUGGGUCCCUGAAGAUGCAGAGUGGCAGAAAGCAAGGAACCUUGUCGCUAAUAGGAAGUACCAAUGGGCACUGGACCAUCUGGAGGGUUUGGUUGUGGUGUGUAUUUUUGAACUUACCAAAAUGAACAGGGCAGGGACAGCAUUACAGACACGCUCAUUGGCUAUCAGGUCUGUGCUCAAUACUUAUAACACCAUUGCCACUGCGAUGUCCCCUCCCCAGCAAACACUCAAGUGGGAGGAGGUGGUUGACUAUGCAUUCCUAUCUGACUUUGACCUGUUAUGCAACAUGCAUGAAGAUGUUUUGCAAACCCCUUGGGCUACACCUGGAGCUCAUAGCACCAUGGACCUCUAUUUUAAGAUGUGCCAAGCACAGGAGGAGAUUUCUCAUCUCAAUAUUGAGAUAUGCUGUCUGGACAACUAUUUACGAACAUGCGAGGAUCAGCUUAAGUUCACCAGCCCAGCUCUUGCACAUCAACUCACCAUUCAUCACAACACUCAAGGCCGAUUCAAUGUGCACCAUUUGAAGAGGCUUCACAACAUAUCCACACUCCCAGGAUUCAGUGGGACAUUGCUCCCUGGAGAGAGCACCAGUGUGCCAGACAUGAUCCCUGUAGAUGUGCUUACUGACAACAUGCCCACAGAUAACCUGUCAUCACCUGUACUAUGUGCCGAUACGCAUGAAGAUUUGGAUGAGGAGGAAGAGGAGGAAGAGAUGGCUGAGGAAGCAUCAAGGAACCUGCAGGAUGUCCUGCUCGUCACUGAUGAUUUUGCAUGGCUCGAGGUUAAUGAUAGCUUAAGUGACUCGACAUAA